AUGCAAACAUCUCAGAAACACCGAAGUACAGCCAGUAUCCACAGGUUGUACCACCACCAGCCUAUGCAGGACAUUGAUCCCUCCAUUUUCCAAAUUUUGGAAAACAGUGUAUGUUCAGAUACUGGAAGCCAAGGAAACAACGUUUCCUUUCAAACCUACAAGGAAGAGUACUUCACCCUGGAAUCAUCCCCUGCCACUACUGGUUUUGGAGCCUGUGAUUCCCCUUCGGCUGUUAGUGGCUUGUCUAACAGGAGUCCAUUUUCAUCACAAGGUUCUCAAUCAUGCUUGUCUGAUCAGCAUCAUUCCCCUGACAACACUUCUGGAUCACCAAUAAGUGGGUGCUCCGUAGCUGAUGAUGGCAAUGGAUUGAGGUACAAGCUCAGGGAACUGGAAAUUUCACUGCUAGGGCCCGAAUCAGAUAUUAUUGUUGACAGCCACUAUUGUUGUUACAAGAGUGAUAUGCCAAGGUGGAAUAGGAAUGAAAUAGCUGAAAUGACCAACUUAAACCUAAAGGAUGUUCUUAUUCAUUGUGCACAUGCAAUAGCUGAAGAUGAUCUACCCACAGCAAAUAGUUUAAUGGAAGUUUUGGGGCAAAUGGUGUCAGUCUCUGGGGAGCCAAUUCAAAGAUUGGGUGCUUACAUGUUGGAAGGUCUUAGAGCAAGGUUGGAAAGAUCAGGGAGUUCAAUCUACAAAACCUUAAAAUGUGAAGUUCCAACAGGUGCAGAACUUAUGUCAUACAUGUCUGUGCUCUUUCAGAUAUGCCCAUAUUGGAGGUUUGCUUACAUGUCUGCAAAUGUCGUCAUUCGGGAAGCCUUGGAAAAUGAGCCAAGAAUCCACAUCAUUGAUUUUCAGAUUGCACAGGGCAGUCAGUGGGUGCCCCUCAUCCAAGAUCUAGCACGUCAGCCUGGUGGGCCCCCACAUAUCCGAAUCACCGGUGUUGAUGAUUCCCAAUCAGCUCAUGCUCGUGGCGGGGGACUUCAUAUCGUAGGGCAGAGGCUUUCACAGAUUGCUAAUUCAUGGAAUGUGCCAUUUGAGUUUAAUAAUGCUGCCAUGUCUGGUUGUGAGGUUGAAUUAGAAAAUCUUAGGAUUCAACCAGGUGAAGCCAUAGCUGUUAAUUUUCCAUAUGUGUUGCACCACAUGCCAGAUGAGAGUGUAAGCACUCAGAAUCACAGAGAUCGAUUGCUAAGGCUGGUUAAGAGUUUAUCACCCAAAGUUAUGACACUGGUGGAGCAAGAAUCAAACACGAAUACUUCCCCAUUCUUCGCAAGGUUUGUUGAGAUGGUAGAUUAUUAUACAGCCAUGUUUGAAUCAAUUGAUGUGGCUCGCCCAAGGGAUGACAAACAGCGGAUUAGUGCAGAGAUGCACUGUGUGGCUAGAGACAUAGUGAACAUGGUUGCUUGUGAGGGGGCUGAGAGGGUGGAACGACAUGAACUUCUGGGGAAGUGGAGGUCAAGGCUAACGAUGGAUGGGUUUACUCCAUACCCAUUGAGUCCUAAAGUGACGGAGGCUAUAAGGAGUCUGUUGAAGGAAUUUAAUGGGAAUUAUAGACUUCAAGAGGCAAAUGGGGCUCUCUACCUUGGUUGGAAGCAAAGAGCUUUGGUAACGUCUUCUGCUUGGAGGUGA